AAUAUUUUCUGUACUAGCUGGUAUAACAAGCCUAACAUGGCUUAGUUGUAAUAUCAUAGUUUAAAAACUCAGAGCCAGGGCCAAUCAGGCAAUUAUAGUAAAAAUUAGAGUCCGUCCGUUGCUAAGCAACUGAAAUUGGUUUGAUAGUUUGAUUGAAAAUAGGACUUCAGGGAAGGUUAGCUUAUUUUCUGUUGCCAGUGAGUUUUAUUUACCAGUGAGUAAUACAGUACGCUGAUAAGAUUGAGAAAAUUGUAAAUUAAGAGAUAUCAAUUUACAAUGGCGAAGAGUUUAAUGGCACAAAAUCAAGACCUACCAUCGAACGAUAAUAGUUUGUCUACAAGAGAAUUUUUACAUAUCGAAAAGACUUGUGAAGCUUUUAAAGAUAGUGACGAAGAAAUUAAAAUGAUACUUAGUGAAAUUAAUAAGCUAUCUGGUGGGAAAACUGAAGAAAAACUAUUAGAAGGUGACGUGGACGACGUAGAGUUAAUUUUAAAAAGAGCGGAAGAUAUAGCCUUGGAGACGGAAAAUCUUCUGAAAAAUAGCCCAGUUGCCGCUAAAAUUCAUAAACUAACACCGGAGAAAAGUGAACCGUCAGCAAUACCAGAAAUACUGGUAACCAAACCAACUGAAAAUAGUCAAGAAAUAGGAAAACCAUCACAAAAUAAGGUCAACCAAUAUGCUAAACAUAACGUUAAAGAAAACGUUGAAUCUCGGCGUAAAUCAAAAUCCAGGCCGUUCUCAGCCGGUGUUAUUGAUUCCAAGAAAGACUCCGGUAAAGUCGCGAGAUUCUCAAGUAAUUCACCUAAGAAAGCGAAUGUUUGUAAACAUGAAAACUUGUUAGAAGAACUAAAAGAUACAAAUGAAAGGGCCAAGAGUCUUGAACUUACAAACGUACAGCUAACAGAUGAUAAUAAAUUACUUCGAAAGAAAUUGGAUAAAGUCAACGAAGAGAAACAUGUAGCUGAUUUAAAAUUGAUAGAAUGCGAAAAAUUCAUUAGUAGACUUGGUAAAGAAUAUGAAAACAGAAAUUCUCAAUUGAAAACCUUACAGGAGAAUGAAGGUAAAAUAAUGGCUGAAUUGAAUAAAAAAAGAAACGACAGGAAGAAUUUGACUAUACAGCGUGAUAAAGACGCUAUUGUUAUACAAGAUCUUCAAAGGCAAGUUAAAGAAAUGGAAUUAAUUUUGAAACGGAAACAUCCAGAUUCGGUAUCAGCUCUAAUAGUUGCAUCGAAAUCGUCAACAGUUGAAGAUAAUAAAAAGAAAUUGCUUGAAGAACGUAUAUCCCGUUUAGAAAUAGAGUUAAAAGAUAAAGAGGAUCAUUUUCAGGGUAUUUUAAUGACACUUCAAGAAAAAUUUGGAGACAUGAAACAAAAGUAUGAAAAACAUAUCAUUGAUGUCGAAAGACAACUCAUGGAUGAACGUCGAGUGAAUAACGAAACAAGAAACCGAUUAAAUAAGACCAAUCUUAUUGAUGUAGCCGUUCAAACGGGACCAAGAAAUCAGCACACGAUCGGUACGCAAACGCUACUAAAGCCUGAUCGAACGUCGUCCGCAGUAAGCAGAGUAUCACAAAAUUCCACACUAAUCUUGAAUAGAUUAAAAGAAGAUAGUUAUUUGGUGGCGACCAUUAAAGGAUUACAAGUCGAACUAACUGCCAAACAGCGUACUAUUGGCAAAAUAAAUCGAGAGACGGAAGAGCUAAGAAAGAAUCUGCGAACUCUGCAAAAGGAGAAAGAAGUUUUACUCAAUUUGAAUCCACACAAAAAAGUGAGCGGUAAACAAGGAAAGUCUACCGAGAAUAUAUUGGCACGUAUAAACACAGAAAUGGAAGCUGAAUUAACUGAAGUCCGGAAGGAGAACGAAGUGCUCGUACAAGAGAAAAGCAGUCUUCUAGACUCCUUAAAGCGGUCCAACGAAGACUUCAUAGUUUUAAAAAAGAAAAGGAUACAAGAUCUUCACACGCUUCAACUCGCCCACGAGAAAGAGCUGAUGCAAAUGAACAUGCAGAUAUAUCCAUUGCAAGAAGAGAUAAAGUUAUUGAAUCGUACAAUCGAAAUACUCCAAGAACGAGUACAGAGCACCGAAGACAAAAUGAUUAAGUAUCAAACUGCGAACAAUGUUGUUGACUUGAACGGUGGCGGUGAUAAUUUAAGUAGGAACACGAGAGAAUCCCGCUAAUUUAACGUAGUACUGUUUUUUAUUUAAAUAUGUAUUAGUAUGACGGAAAUAAUUUGGUCUCUUUGUCUGAAGCAGAUAUAACAAUAUUUAUUUGUUCAUUUUUCAUGAUUCGAUGGUGAUUCCACUGAAUCCGCACGGAAAGGUCCCCCACCGACCUGCCAAUCUCUGUCAUGUGUUAUGGUUUCCAGGAAAAGACAGUUCACACUACACAAACGAGUUUCCCAACUUCUUCUGUUAAAGUGUACGGCGACAGUCGACGUUGUGACUUCCACGAGAUACGGUCGAGCUAUGUUGUGUACCCACUAAAAUAAAAUGUAAAUCGGCAUAUUGUUUCGGAAGAAACACUUUAUACGUUACUUUUAUAGCCGGUCUCGAUAUUUUCGAAUUACAAAGUUUACGCAGGUGAAAUAACCUCAGGCAAAUCGUUUAUGAUUUUCUCUGCAUCGAUAAAAAAACACGUAUGGCACUCGGGGACUGCCGCGGUAAAGCUCUUGCAUAGUAUUUUUUAUCAACUUACGCAAUUAAAAUUAGACAAUAAUCAUUUAAUAUUAAAACAAUAAAAAAAUAAGACCACGCUAUAUUUAUAAACGUUAACAAAAGCAAAACAUUAACUGUCCCCUUCACACUUAUAAGCUAGACCGCGCAAGAGAGAGAUGGGCAGACUUUUCAUGAUGCGCAUGCAGUGAGACGUCACGCCACGCGCUUAUGCACAAACACUAUACAAGCGUAACGUGUGAAUGUAUUGAACGCGAGCUAUAUGGUAGGUGGAGUGGGGGUGUUAGGUUUUAUAUUCGUUACGGAAUUUAUUGAUUCGGUCGCCGCGCUCAAAUCCCGGGAUAAAACCUACGCAAUAGCUUAGAAAACGGAUGCAGAAACAUUGUGACUCUUGGUUCGACGUUGACGUCACGUCGCUGCAACAUUGCAGAUUGUUUUAUACAUUAUUACAUCAUUAGUUCGUCAACCUUUUUUUCCUUGAUAGCCUUGAGAAGCUAUAUCAACGUUACCCUAGCAUGGAAGUAAGCUCUCGGGGCUCAAACCGAAGGUGUUGCUAACAUUGGCCCUAGCAAGAGCCAUGCUUCGCAGAAUCUACCACCGGAUCGGAAACGCGACCCACUGAGAAGAUCCGGCGAGAAACUCAGUAGGCUAUCGUCAACCAAUUAAUAUAGACCGUAGUAAGAACUGAGUAACGUAGAUUAUUUUAAAUUACCUACUGUAGUUUAGGUAUCUGCCGAAGUUAAAUACGGAAUAACACAAAUGGUUGUGGGAUAUUUUCUUAAACGUCCACAAAAAGAAGGCAAUUACAUUUUUGCCUCGAUUUUCGUAAAACUUAUGUAUACUAUUUAAAAGCCAUUUAAACGCUGAAAUCAAUACGGCGUAAUUGAGUUCAACUUUAACAAAAGAAGUUUUGGCUUUGAUGUUUUAAAUUAAUUUAUUAGUACUGUAUACAAUGAAAACAAUAGAUUAAGUAUUAAUAUUACGCUAAAGAAUAACGUGGGACCAUAUUUGAAAGGUGCUUAUUAGUUAGUAUGUAUGUACUUCUUUUCUUAGUAUAUUUAUUAAUUUAUUUACUCUUGCAAAAAUAAUAAAUAAUGUAUCUUUUUUUUUGUCUACCUAACUGCCAGUAGCCUUGAGGGGUUAUUAUGGCUUUAUCUUGCAUAUGGGCGAGCUAACGGGGCUCAGAGAGCUUGAGGAUUGAGGGCUUGAGAGAGCUUGCUAUCAUCAGCCCUAGCAAGACUAGUGCUUCGCUGAAUCUACCACCGGAUCGGAAUCGCGACCCACUUAGAAGAUUCGCCAAGAAACUCAGUGGGCUAUGUCUGGUUAAAGUUACCGAACUCUGUCGCUUUUGACGAGGACGGUGACGGGUGUUAGGAAUGCUUAAAAGCGCCGAGAGUUGAUUGGGAGGAGCCAAAAUGAUAAUGUCCAGGACGACGGCGGCUGUUCGUUGCACCGUCGCGACAUUUAGGUCGGGUAUGUAACUUGAGGCGGCCGAAUUAUGAGGGUUAUCGUGCCGCGCCGCUUUCUCAACGAAAUAAUGUAUCGAAGUUUAGUAUAUUAUUAUUAUUAUGCACUUGUACAUCCAAUUAAAUAAAUCACACGCCUAGGAAAAUGUGACGAACAAUUUUCCUCGCUAUGAUUCCAUAAUACGCGGUCGUCGUGGCCUAAAAGAUAAGACGUCCGGUGUAUUCGUAUCUAACGAAUGGUUUCGGUGUUCGAAUCCCGCCGGCAAAUACCGCUUAACAUCAGGUGGGCCGUUGAGCUAGUCCAGCCACCUAAUCAAUAAAUAAAUAAAAUAGGGAACCGAUAGUUUCUUUUUUAUUUGGCGUAAAAUUUCGAAACUCAUCUGAACAUAAAGUUAUUAUGUGUGACGUCAUUUUCGUCCGUAAUAAACUACUGGACGAACUAACUGCAUAAGAGAAAAUUAUCAUACUUAAUACCUACACAACCUUUAGCCUCUUAUGAUAUAAUGAGUUUUUAUUUGUGUUUAGCAUCUUAAAAUUAUUAGAUUUUGUUCAGUGCUUUAAAUUAAUUAUUAUUAUUUUACAAAGAUAGCAAUUGAUCACUCAUUUUAAUUAAAUUAAGAUCCCUUUUAAUUACUUUCAUAAAUUGUUUUAUUCGUGUCCGGUUUCUAUUAGAAAUCUACGAUUUUGUUGUUCGAAGUCUAGAUUGAGCGUUACUUUAGAUAUUGGUAUACCGUUACAUCGGCUGCACUAACAGCAGAGUUACGGUAAACCACGAACUUUCAUUACUAUUUUUAAAUGUUUCGCUUCGCUUAAUUAUUUCAAUCACGUGAAGACUGUAGUUUGAGUUUACCAAAAAGAUGGCGAAAACUGAAGUUUUAUUUUAGAAGACGGUCAUUUUCAAUUUACCCUCCUUUUAUGGUAGGUUAUUAUAGAAAUUAUGUUUUUCAGGAGUUUACAUUUUGUUUGGUUUGUGUAUGGUAAGUGACAUAUUAGAAGAUGUAUUUUAAGUUUAGUUUAAGCAUAUUGAUAAUAUGAUGCGAGGUUUAUCUUUUGUAGUCGCGAAUUAGACAGUAUAGCAGAGAAAACUCGAUCUAAACAAAUGUCAACGGUAUCGGGUAUGAUAGUGAUGGACGAUGUCCUAGGCCCGUUCUUGUAUGUCCCUUUUUAGAGCAUAUUUGUUCUUUAAGUAAACCGUAUAUUUUUUUCUUAAAAUUUACUAGCGAGAGAAAAAGCAAAGCAAAGCUCAAUGUCGCAGUGAACGAAAAAAUUCAAUUUCAAUGAAGAGCCGGGAAAAUCUUUUAUGUUCAGGCGCUUUAUAAAUUUUAGUAACUUUUUAAAGUUAGGCUCUUCAAAUGUCGCUGUCCAAGACUAGGGCCUAGCCUCACGGUCCUAAACCUAAAUUCGCCACUGAAUAACAAAUGUUCCAAUAGUCAAGAGUUAAAAAAAUAUUUCUUGCGUUCUUUGGGUCGUCUUUAGCACGCAUUAAACUACGAUCAAUUAACUUCACUAUUUAUUGGUUGUGAGCAACGGUUACGACUUCUUAAGUUAUAUAAAUCUCACACUUAUGUUGUUUGCAUUUAUUUUACAAUAUGAAUUUAGAUACUAUGAAAUUGAAGUUGAAUAUCGCCACAAAAUAAGAAAUAAUGGAGGGUAACGGUAUGGAGCACAAUUUGUGUAAAUGUUUCUGUCGAACAACGAUCACUUAGGGUGGCGCCACGGUAUCGAAGGCUGUAAUUUAAAAAAUAGCCCUAAAAGUUUUCAUUUUCCAAUUCCACACGUUACACUCCAUUUAUAACUGCUCUAGGCAUAUCGAACCGCUUGCUAUGCUAGCGCUGUUUUGGUGGGCUUUUGAAUUGUAAUUUACUGUUUACAGCUGGACAUAUUUUCAACUUGGCUCUCACAUAAAGUUCUCCAUAACUAUGCCCUUCAAAAAACAGAUGUGUAGCAGGUACUCUGUUAAAUGUUAAAUUAAGUGUCUAAUAUUAAAGGGUAAAGAAAAAUCAGCACAAACCCAAAUUGUGCCUGUAAGCUUAGAAAAUUUCUAGUCAUAUACUAUUUUCGUGAAAAUUUUAUAUACCUACCCACCGAACGAUAAGCAAAUGUGGUGCCUUCUUUAUUUUAGUUGUAACGAAAUAUAUGUUUUUGUACAAAA